GCCACACUGCGACGGACGUACGCGUCCCGGCGAAUCGAAAAAACAUCGCAACUACAACAAAAGUAAAAUAAAACUCUAAUAUGCCUCCACUAAAGUACACUUUCGAGGUUUGUGAAUGAAAAACUUUUAUGUCGUUUUUAAACUAUACGAGCUAUGGAACUUUUUAUCGUAAUACCAUUAUGAUAAGAUAAGUUUUUCAUCGGUGGUGGAUAACAGAGUGACCCUCGCAGGAGUCAGCCCAAUUUAAAGUUAUCAGUAAACGGCCAAACAAGAUAAUGCAGUCAAAAUGGAGAUGAAAAAAACAGAAAAAGCCGGCAGCUUAUCGCCAGUUAAGCCGGCACUAAAGAAGGAAGACGACGGUAAAAAUUCCAGGUCGAGCAGCAGAUCAGAAAAGGAAUUGAAACUACCUCCUGAGAAAUCGCCUAGUGAUGAUGCACCAAGAAGAGAGAGACGCUUGUCUAGAGCGAGCGAGAGUUCCAAAGAAACAUUAGAAAGACAAGAUUCAAAAUCGGGUUCUCUUACGAGUCCGAAGGUCUCCCGCAAGUACUUCACAAACUGGCGUCAGGCAUGCGACAAGACAAAAGACAAGACCAAGGAACUCUUGAAGCGUUGGCGGACGCUGCCUGAAGCUGAGGGAAUAUCUCCCGAAGAACACAUGCAGCCAGCUACUAAAAGCGAAGUAGAUAACCGCAGAGGCUGGAGUGUGCACGUUUGGACAACAUGGGUGAAUCGAUGCAGCGAAGAUCUAGAGUGCCUGGAUUUGGAAGACGAACAGCCUCUGGCCACACUCAGCAACGUACAGACGGACAAGAUGACCCUCUUCUUUACAGAGCUACUGGACCACGACAGAGAUGACGUGAUUUGCGAUCAGGACUUCGAUCAGUUCUUCGAGAAGCUGGCCCAUUUCGCAGAUUGGUCGAACAACUCUUCCGAGUUCCACAUACUUCUGGAGGUGAAAAGAGAAUUUAUCGAACAUUUCAUCAACCCUCUGCCUUCGAAAUGGGGCGACCUGCCUUUCUACAAAAGAGUAUGCGGACCCGAAGCUAGCGGGAUUAACAUCCCAGGGCGGACCACGUUAGAGGGCUGGCUGGCACGCUGGGCGCUCUAUCUGAGCAGAAUGAAGAGAUUUACCGACCUACCUUUAUAUCUACAAUAUUUAUGCAAGAUACUGUUCCACGUUGUCGACAGGGAGGGCACAGGAUCGAUCACUAAGCCCGCAUUAGCAGCUUUUUAUCGGUCUGUCAUAGGAUUGACGGCGACAAGGGUUGACGAAAUCAUAGACACGGCCUACGAUCGUAUGACUAGCAACGGAUAUUUAAUCUUAGACUACGGUACAUUCGUCCACUGCUUUACUAAUUGGCUGAUGGGGAAAAACCCCAACGGUCCGGGCCAAUGGGUGUUGGUGCCUCCUAAAGAUUCUCUCCCACAGCCGCCUUUCCCAGUAGACUACAGCGCCCUGAACACAGAACCAGCUAAACUAGAGCCCUACGCGCCAGACAAGAAGACCAAUAGACAUUCAGUCAUAGUUUAAGAUAAACUUGUAGUCUGCAUUAUUGUAAUGAUUUGAAAACCCAAAAAAAACUCCGUGCGACAUCAUAGCCUCGCAUGAGUCUUAACAGUUUUAAGAAACUCACAUGCCUUUUUCGAUUUUCUGAACACAAUACGUGGAUAAAAAUAUUCAUAAAAAGAAAAUGUGUUCAUAUUUUAUUAUCAUCGGUGGGUGUUUCGUUAACUGCUGACGAAAUUUCAAUUGAUUUGAAUGUAUAACAAAAUAAUUAUGUCAAUUUAAGUCAAUUUAUAUAUACGAUCGUUCUAAAAUGCAUUAGAUUAAUAAUACUCUGAAUAGAUAUCGACGGGAGGUUUUCCUAAAAUUAAAUAGUUCAUCUUUUUUUUUUUCAUCAAAUUUCACACCAAUUUUCAACUUUCUAUCUAUAUAAAUAUUAAUAUGAGUUGUGAAUUUUUGAAAUAGUUUAAGGCUCUUGUGUAAAGAUGGGUUUUUCAAGUUACGACAAUUCGGUUUUCUUCCGUCGAUAUUACUAUACGUGAACAGUAAAUGUCAAUCAUAGUUCGUUCAUAUUCACUCCGUGUUCUAUUGGGUGAGAAUACUUGCAACUUAUUUUGUUGUUUCAUCUUCUUGGAUCUUCGCGAGUUGUAGACAUAAUUAAAAUUACUUUUAUAGUUUGAUCUCGAUUUUUUCAUUGUUAAAUUAUAUUCUUUUCUACGUUUCAAAUGCCGUAUGGUGUAUGCGAACACUGACGACUAAGGUGGUCAUCGGAAAUAAUUUGAUGAACAAUUAAAAACGCCAAAUCGUAAAAAAAGUUUUAAAUUAGUCGCUCUAUUAAAUAAAUAAAUAAAACUGAUCCCUAAUCAAGAAAACCAUCUUACAGUCCUACCCCUAGAUUAGAUUAGUAGUCAUCGGUCCACAAUCAGAUGUAAAAUACAAAUAGGUUCUUUUCCUUUCUUUUACAUUUUUAGCGCCAAUUAACAGCGUAAUAGCGCGCCUGCUUGUGAUUCGCAAUGUUCCGAUAAAUAAUUUUCUAUUCACUAAGAUUCUCUGUUAAGUCAUACGUUUAGAUUAUUUAAAUGUGAGUAAUAUCUACGAACUUAGUUAAUUUCCGGUAAUUUUAACUGAAACUAUGUCAUCGAUUCCAACUCCUGCAGUUUGCCACGAUACUUACUACCAAUGCCAUUUAGAUGUAAGGUGUUUCGUGAUUGCCUUAAAUAUUUGAAAAUUAAGUAAAUUCGCUUUGAUAUGUAAGGAAACGCUUUAAUAUCUUAGUUAUACUAUGCAUUUCGACCAAACCUAUCGUCUUAUACUUAGAUUAAGUCGAUGUAAAUAAUAGAUAUAAACGCACGGUAGCAAAAUGCUAUAAUUAAAGCAUUUUAACCUUUCACGGUAUAGCCUUAUUUUGUACCCUAGUACCUUUAAAAUAAGAUCGGUAUUAUAAUAAGUACACGAGAAUAAAA